UGUUUGAAAUCUCUCCUUCUUCCCAAAAUUUGUAGAAUCUAGCACAAAGGUAAGUUCAAACUCUCCCCUUUUUCCCCACAAUUGGCAGAAUCUCUAUAAAUUUCAGUUGUAUAUUAUAGAGCUUACAAAUUUGUUGGUUGUGGACUUCUUUUAUUUUUCAGUUGUUGAGAUUAGGGUUUGUGGUUUUAUUUUUUAUUCCACUUUUAAGUAUAUUCUUGUUGUUUUUUAGCAUGCAUCUAUGUUGGAUAGAGUAUGGAUUUUUCCAAUGUUUGGAUGAUUGGUAAAUUGGUAGACCUGGAUAAUUUUUUUCCUCUUUUGCUUUGCAAGGUUGGUAGUGCUUAGCUAUUGCAAGGUUUGAAAAAUUGAAUAUGAUAUGUAAACAGCUAGAUAUAUCUACUAUUGCUGGACUUUCAGUAACUUUAGAUAUGAAAUGCACACACCUAGAAGUUGUCUGUCACUCUCUGAUAGAGUUUGGAUGAUCAAUCUCUGUUUGUUUUUCAUGGAGCUUUACCUUGCUUUGAUUUUGCUAUAUAUUAUCCCUACCUUUAAUGGCAAGCAGAAAAAGAAAAAAAAAAAGCUUUUAAUUACUUGGAAAGUUUAUAAUUGGUUAUUCUUUCCUUUCUUCUGUUUAGUUUAUACCCCAGAACAAUUGGUAGAGAAAUACAGCAACGUCACGUUUCUUCUUUACUGUUUGAUUUUGAUAUUAGUUGUUGCAUUACAUCACUCUCUUUAUAGGUGAGAGGUGUGGAACCCCUUACAUUUUUUUGUUGUAAUGUAAUAUUGAAUUUCCAUUAUUUUAGCCAUUCUAAAAUAAAUUGAGAAACCUUUGCAUCUAGAUGUGUAGGAGAGGAGAACUUUUGCUUGCUCUUUUUGGACAAGAUCUUAGACCCUAUUGGCACAUGCUGCUAUCUUUUU